GUGCGCAUGACCAAAAUGCAGGAUUUUUGAGGGCGAUCGGAGUUCGGCCAUGAGCGUGUACGGAACAGGUAACACAAGAAAGUUCUAGACAUGUCUGCCAAGAAGCGGAAGGGGGGACUGGCCCUAGAUGCCAUCUGCGCUAAACUGAAGACGCAGCGUCUCCAGAUCGGGGACUCUCCAGAAGAAAGCGCAAGUCCAGAAGACGACUUUGCCGAAGACGUCGCACCUCAGGUUUCGGAAGAGGACGUCCAUGUAAACGGCGUAGCAUCUCCGAAUCCAGCAGUAGAUCAGCAGGACACAAGCCAAAACGAUGACGAUCAAGACUGUAACAGUAGAACAGCGGAUGAAGAUUCGCUCGAGCAUAAACAGUCCAGUUUAGAUAGCCAACAAGAUUGUGCAAUGCAAGAUGGCAAAGCCGAUAGCCCGCCAACUAUAGGGAAUGACCCUGUACCAGAGCUUGCCUCAUCAACUAGUGAUGAUGCAGCCCUUGUACAAGAGGAACAGCCGGAGGACUUGUCGGUUAAUAAAAACGACCAAACGCUAGACUUAGCUAACGAUUCGGUAGAGCAAAAACCAGAGGAGUCAUCGAGGCGGAAAAGGACGCCAAACAAAAUCACGCACUUUCAAGUGGAGGAGGAACUUUCCGACGACUGCAUUGACGGUGACGUCGUGAUCGUACAGCCCACGGGAUGUAGCGACAGCGAAGACGAAAUUGACGACACCACCGAAUUCGAAAACCCUUUCAAUCAGAGCGAUGAAGAAGACCAAGAUGACGAAGACUAUGAUCCUGAAAAGGACAAUAUAAACAAGAGGGCGAGUAGCAACAACACUAGUACUCGCCCAGAGCCACAAGUUGCUGCCAACCCUGUAGCUAUAGCUAGUACUAAUAAUAAGGCGACUGUAGAAAGCAAAGCUGAGCAAACGACUAAUUCAGAACCUCAAGUGAGUCAGGGAGACGCCUCUUCAUUGAGAGAUUACGCAGAGACGACAAUGAACGAACUGAUCGGAAUGUUCGGGUACGACUCGAGCGACCACGACCUCAAAGCGCUGCCCUUACAAACGUUUUCCUCGGGAAAAAUUCUCGAGAUGCAGAUCAAAGAACGGCAGGGGAACGGGCUCCAGAAUGAGGCUCUCGCUCUAGUUCAGGGGUUAACGGGAGCGACCAUCGACGGGCGGGGGUCGAAGUAUGACUUUUUUAUCCAGAAGCUCAAGUCGGGGGAGAACUUCGCCGACCCGAACGACACAAUCACAGCUGGCACGAUAUCCCCCCGCCGCGCGUCGAAAUUCGAUCCGGAACGGAUCAAAUACCUCCAGCCUCAGGACAUAUCCCCCAUCCUAGCCAACCUGAACGAACCCGUCAAAAAGGGCGGGCGGCCGCUCAAAUACGACGUGCGGAACUUUCAGGGUUUUAACGCCGCCGCCAACAACGUUAACGCCAGCCCGCAAACAGUGACAAGCACCAUUACUACCUCAGAUCUCCACUCAAACACUAACAACAGCAGCGGCGGCGACGCGGACCUGUUUGAUAGUGAGCUUGCCCGCACGGCCAACGCAAGCACGGACUACAUCAAGGCCUGCUUCUCGGAGAACGGCAAGCCGGAUGUUGAAGAAAUGCUGAGAAACAACGAGAUGAACAUCUUUCAGAAAUAUAUCGCAAAGUUCUCAGCUAACGUGCACUGUGGCCACCUCCACUGUGUUUACCAGUACAAGGAACACUUCCACUGUCUGGACAACGAGUGUAAUUAUCAGCGGUUCACCAACAAGCAGGAUGUGAUUCGCCACUACAACAUGCACAAGAAGAAGGACAACUCCCUCCAGCACGGGUUCAUGAGGUUCAGCCCACUGGACGACUGUAGUGUCUACUACUCCGGCUGUUCCCUCAACCUCAAACACACGCACUACCACUGCAUGCAGGUUGGAUGCAACAAAGUGUACACCAGUACCUCUGACGUGAUGACCCACGAGAACUUUCACAAGAAGAACGCCGCCUUCAUCAGCGAGGGUUUCCAGCGUUUCCGAGCGACCGAGGACUGUGGCAUCAUCACCUGCUCGUUCUACGGACAGAAGACGACCCACUUCCACUGCCGCAGACCCAACUGUAACUUCUCCUUCAAGAACAAGUGCGACAUCGAGAAGCACAAGGCGUACCACAUCAAAGACGACAUGUACACCAAGGAGGGCUUCAAGAAGUUCUACAAGUACGAGGAGUGUCGCUUCGACGGGUGCGUCUACUCCAAGGCCUCCAACCACUUCCACUGCAUCCGGCCGGGCUGCGGCUUCACCUUCACGUCGACAGGGCAGAUGCACUCCCACCGGCGCAAGCACGAGCGGCGCGAGUUGCGGAACCUUCGCGACAACAAGUACGCGCCGGGCGUGCACCGGAUGAAACUCAACCAGCUCAUACAGCAACAACAACAACUACAGCUUCUACAACAACAACAACAGUUACAACAACAGCAACAAACGUUGCCGAUACAGAUCCAUGUCCCGCAGCCCGCACCGGUAGUACCCGUCCCCACGCCGCAACAACAACCCCCCGCCCUCACCACUGCUGCUAACCAGAAUCCCCCCAUCACACCCUCCCCUGCUGCACUCCAGGCUGCUAAACUGGCCAAGAUGCCAGAAGCCACAGACGUACAAGAGGCGAAAUCCGGCCCGGUCAUUUCCGCCUCCCUAGCACGAAUGGCUGCUGCCGCGCUGAGCCCCAGCAGUAAGGUGACUGCCACUUCCCCCACCCCCUCCAACUCCUUACCUCAGUUUGCUGUCCCAAGCGAGGAAAAUACCUCGGGGAACAUCAACAUCAAGAAAGAGAAGGAAGAAGAUGACGAUUGUGACAGCUCGGGCGGGUCCCUGAAACUCAAAAUCAAACAAGAAGACACGACGAGCGGCUCUCAGCUGAUGUCCAUGGAUGGAGUGGACUUGAGCGACUCUCUCAAUCUGACGGCCAACUUCGCCACCCUGGCAAACCCUCGCGCUACGGCCGGUCAGGAAGUGGACCUGGGAGGCUCUUUGAACUUGAACCUGCCAGGUGUUGAGGAUGGAGACAACGCAAGGAGCAGCUUGGACACUUGGGAGAAAUUCCUUAAGAGGUACACUGCCAAUGACCCGUGUGACCCUCGCUGUGAGUUCUUGUAUAAGGACCACUACCAUUGUGUGGUGGAGGGGUGCGGGGCCAUCUUCAGGUCCAAGGAGGGCGUCAACAAACAUGCCAAAUACCACCGGCUGAGUGAAGGCAUGAUUCAAAACGGGUUUGAACGCUUCAGCCAAUCACAGGACUGCCAGAAGUAUGACCCCAACUGUCAGUUAAGGCUGAAGGAGUCCCACUAUCACUGCACUUGGCCUGGCUGUACCCAUGCAGUACAGAUGUUAACACCCAACAACCAGCAUUACGAGCAGCACAAGAUGAUGAUCACCCCUCCGUCUGAGAUUAAGCCUGUCCCGGGCAGCAGUCUGUCCUCCCUGCCGUCUGGGAGUCAGGUAGACGGCAUCCCGGGGAUGAGGAGGUUCACCUUACAGGAAAACUGUGGUUACCCUGAGUGUUACUACUCCAUGAAGUCGAGUCACUACCACUGUACGAAGGACGGGUGCCUGCUGGCGUAUGUGCAGGCCCACGCUGCUGCUAACCACCCCAACAUGCACGACAACUCCUCCAGCCCCACUAACCUCAGUGAGCACAGUCUCUCUCCCACUCCCGAGGGUCUCCAGUUCUUCAACAAGUACCACAACGCCAAGGACUUCUUCUGCUACUACGGCAUCAAGCGGCUGUGUCCCGACCAGCAGUGCGAGUACCGUCUGCGCGGGCACUACCACUGCAACAAGCCCGGCUGCCACUUCACCACUGUAGGAACAUCAAAACUACCCUGGCAUCUCAAGAAACACGACAAGGCUGAGCAGAGGGAGGCGCAGGGGUACAAGUUCUUCACUAAGAGAGAGAGCUGCGGGCGGCUGGGGUGUAAGUACAGCCUGAAGAGCAGCCACUUCCACUGCAUCCGGCCCGGCUGCAAGUUUAACUUCCAGUUCAAGCACCAGAUGGUCACCCACAGCAGGAAGCACAUGCGCAGGCUGUUCGGACGGAACUUCGAGCAGGUGCUGAAGGCGAAUGGAGAGGCCGCCAUGGAGUCCGUCAUCUCGAACACGCCGCCCGGCCAGCCGCCGCAAAACGCUGUCUCCUCCCUCAUCCUGAAGAAGCCGCUUCUACAGAGCAGCGCGAGUAGUUCCGCCGCCACGCCGGUCCCGAUACUACCGAUGACGUCCCUGCCACAGACCAUCCUGCUCAGCCCUCCACCCAACCCCAUGCAGGUGGCGCUAACCUCGCCUCCACAGGUCAUCACCACCGGCGCGGCCGCCCAGAUGGCCAUCCCCGUGAACUUGACCGUGAACACGUCCAAUGUCGCUCAAGCGUCGCCCACCUCAAGUACUCCAGUGCCCAGCACACCGUUAGCCAUCCCACAGCUUGCCAUCAUCUCCCAGCCGCCGAGCUUAGCCCAGGCCGGCACCAGCCUGCCCACGCUCAUGGUCACACAGCCGACAACAACGCUGGCCGGACUCGCAGGGCAGCCUCAGCUCCUCUCACAGGUGCAGCAGACGCAGCAACAGCUACAGUUGCAGGCACAGGCCCUACAGCUGGCACAGCAGAUCCAGAAGGCUGGACUGGUCACCCCGACACUGCUCACACAACAGGUGCAGACCGUAGCGCCGCCGACUCUCACCUCGCCCAGCUCUCUGUCACCGACGCCGCUGUUCUCCAGUUUCUCCGUCCCUCUCACGCCGCUCGAUUCCGAGUCAUCGCAGCCUCCGAGCGCGCCGAACACCCCAGGAGGGAGCAACGACUCAGCCAGCAACGAUUCAGGGACCCUCCACCAGCUGCCGACCAACAGGAAUCCGUUCUCAUCCUUUGAGUUUCGCGUGAAGAAGCGUCGCUCGCGAAUGAUCGACGACGGCACGAUGUUAGAAGGGUUCGCCCGCUACGAUCUCUACGAGGACUGCAAAGACCCGAAGUGCCAGUUCAGCAUGAGGGUGACGCACUACCACUGCACCCGGCCGAACUGCGGGUACAAGUUCUGCGGGCGCACGCACAUGUACAAACACUCUCAGCACCACGAUCGCGUCGACAGCCUGGUCUUAGACGACUUCCAGCGCUACAAGUCGUCGGUGAGCUGCGGCCGGGAUGGUUGCAUGUUCUCCGAGAAGAGCACUCACUUUCACUGCCUGCGCUGCGACUUCCAGUGCACGGACAGCACCAAAGUCACGGCGCACCGGAAACACCACUCGAAGAACGACACGGUACAAGCCGCGGGGUUCAAGCAGUUCGGCUCCGGUGUAAGCUGUGAGCAGGAGGGGUGCAGAUACAACAUGAAGUGCUCCCACUUCCACUGCAUGCACGAGGGCUGCAGACACGUGGUGGUGGGGAUGUCGCAGAUGGAAUCACACAAGAGGAAACACACCAAACACAGCCUCUCCAUGGCUGUCCCUGCUACGGUUUAGACUUUCUUCUUAUGCCCAGGUCACAUUUCCAAACUUGGGCCCGGUCGGGCUGUUUGUAUGAGCGAAAAACUAACAAUUCAUAGCAGGAAUAUACA